AUACAACGGACUUAGUGGGAGCCUCAAUGUCCAACGAGAACGAGGCGCUAGGGUGACAAUUUUCUCUCAUUCGCGGCAGUACAAAACGGCGACAGCACGCAUUUGGAUUUUGACGUGUGACAGCAAACAGCUGCAGCCAGAUUCGGUUGCAGAUUGAUAGUGUAUCGAAAUAAAGACGUUUUGGAAUGAAAUAGUGAUUGAAAUGGCUGAAAGUAAAGGUGCGUUGAUCGCGAAAACAGUGCAAAAACAUGCCGGACGUGCGAAGGAAAAGCUCCUUCAAAACCUGGGCAAGGUAGACCGAACCCUCGACGAUAUAUUCGAAGAGCACCUGCAGAACUUCAACAGGCAGCACCAACAGGCUACCAGGCUUCAAAAGGAAUUCAACAACUACAUAAGAUGUAUACGAGCGGUGCAGACGGCAUCAAAGUCGUUGAUGGAGGCUAUCACGGAAGUGUACGAGAGCGGGUGGUCUGGCCACGACCUCCUGUACGUGCAGGCACAAAACUUGGAGAUGCUAUGGCAGGACUUCUCUCACAAGCUCGGCGAUCAAGUACUCAUACCACUCAAUACGUACACCAACCAGUUCCCUGAAGUCAGGAAAAAGAUCGAGAAACGUGGUCGCAAGUUGGUGGACUACGACAGUCAAAGGCACAGUUUCCAGAAUCUGCAAUCGAACGCUACGAAGAGGAGGGACGAUGUUAAGGUAACCAAAGGCAGGGAACAGCUAGAAGAAGCGAAACGUACAUACGAAGUCCUAAACUCUGAACUGCACGACGAACUGCCAGCACUCUACGACUCCCGGGUUCUAUUCUACGUCAACAAUCUGCAAACACUCUUCUCGGCUGAACAACUGUUCCAUUCUGAAAGUCAUAAGGUAUUCGGUGAACUGGAAGUGAUAACCGACAAGUUGGCGAACGACUGCCAGCGCGGGUCGUACAGCAAGAAGUCCAACAACGUGGCCGUCAACAACAUGGCCGCCAACAACAUGGCCGCCGCGCCCGCCGCGCCCGCCGCGCUCAACGGGAAGCACACCGACACCGUGCAGACUCCCCCGUCCCCCGCGCUGAAUGGCUCGUCCCCCCCGCCGUCCCCCGCCGCGGGGGACACCCCGGCCGCGGAGGUGCGAGCUCCCCCCCUACCGGAGCCGCGCAGUGAGGAACCGACCAAAGCCGAGGCCCCCACGCCACCCGCCAAGAGAGAGGACAAGUCCCCCACGCCCCCAGUCAACAACAACAACGUAGAGAAGGAACCAACGGACAAGAAAGUCGAAGAAUUAUACGACAUACCUGUUGGGUCGCCAGUACCACCGGAGAAGUCAAAUAAUAACACGGAGGAAAAGAGACAAGUAGAUGUAGAACCAAAAGGCGAGAAAGAGAAGGAGAAUGACAGUGAAAACAAGAACGACGAUGUAUACGACAUACCGAUUGGAGCGACCCUGGCGGGUCUCCCGGCGGGCACCCUGUACCGUGUCCGCGCCACGUACCGCUACACCCGCGAGGACUCCGACGAGCUCUCCUUCGACGUCGGCGAAGUUAUACGCGUCGUGGAAUACGAUGAUCCUGAUGAACAGGAGGAAGGCUGGCUGAUGGGCAUCAAAGAAUCAACCAAUGAGAAGGGAAUGUUCCCCGCGAACUUCACGCGACCGAUAUGAAGCGCCGCAGUGUGACGUCACCACUCAUCACUAACUAAAAUAUAUAGGUAACAACCGAUUUGUACUACGAACUUUAUACACUAUGAUUUUGAUUGAAUUGUAAUCAUUAAUCAUUUUCUUUUACGUUUCAAUUAGUUAACGAUUCAAAAAUCUAUGUUAUAACUUAGUAUAGUUGUUGAAUGUUCAUAGAUUAUAUAUUAUUUAUUAUUUUUUGUGUUGUAUUACAACGAAUUAUGAUAAAUCGUAACCGUUUAACAGCGUUUGUAUAUACAGUGUAUGAGUAACUUCGUAUCAUCAUUUAGUCACUGCUCGGUGUAGGGUUAAUUAUGUAACUUAUUGAUUAUUCCAUGUCACAUUUUAGUAGGAAACAUUUUUGACAACGAGAAUCAUAUCAACUCUAUAAGUUAUUCAUUCAAUGCAAUUUGAACCUUACCCCAUUAAUGUCUAUGUA